AUGGCUGGUGCACGAGGUAGGUUAACAGUGUGUACAUCUUUGGUGUUGUGUAGUGAACAGCAGAGAUACAUACGAAGUGUAAAAUUGCACUGUACAAAAACAUUUUGGCCUUUUUCCUCUUUCUUGCUUUUUCGUUUUCACAGUGGUACUCUCAUGCAGGCGUUGAGAUAAUGUGGUACGGCGCGAAGUCAGAGAGCGAAGAAAACAAAAAGGAGGGAGAGAGAAAUAUAUGGGAGGGAACCCUCACUCUCACCCCCUAGCCCAUUCCCCCUCGCUGUUUUUCCUGCUCACAUCUUUUUGGGCCGCUCCCACAAUCUUAACGACUGAAACAGGUUAUCGCAGUGGCUGCUUUAACCUCUUUUGUGAUAUUUUUUUGGGUUUCAGUAACUUAAUACUAGAGAGCUUUAGAUUCUGAGACGAGGACGACUACGAAUACGAGAAUUUCUUAGUACUAAGUAGUGCUCUUGCGUGAGCCAACGUCAUUUCGGCCUGAAAACGUGAUAGCCGUAGUGGCGGUAACAAGUUAUCCAAUUUGAGAAGUUUAAUUAUUUUGCGACCGGGAAAGGGCUAAACCUUCUCCAAUAAAAAUAAUCGCGCUAAUUUUUCAGGUGAAAAAUAGUACAGUGAAGCUUUCCGGGCUGAAUAUUUUUCGAGAAUACGCGAAAAAACUUUAAGUGAAAUCUCGUACUUGUUUCGUCCUGGUCCCCAAAUCUAAAGCUCUCUACUUUUGUUUACUCCUUACAGAAAAACCGUACGCGCAUCAAGGACCCAUUAUUACUAUUAAGCUGAGUGAAAACACCGAGAACGUCACAGCAUCGGAUGGAUCACAGCAGACCCAGCUUGUAGAAGAAAUGAACUAUGACACAGGACACUGGCGGCGGCUAAAACGC